GCAGCAAAGUAUUCACCAAUUCUGAGGAGGGUGAGGUGUACAUAUGGGACAUGAGGAGCAGUAAAUGCCUGAACAGGUUCACAGAUGAUGGCUGUGUGAGUGGGACCUCCAUAGCUGCAUCCAGGAACGGACAGUAUCUGGCCUGCGGGUCAGCGGCAGGUGUGGUGAACGUGUACUCCCAGGAGGUGUGUAUGCGGCAGAACAACCCCAAGCCUCUGAAGGCCAUCAUGAACCUGGUGACCUCUGCCACCUCUCUCCGCUUCAACCCCACCUCCGAGAUCCUGGCCAUCGCCUCCAGGGCUGACGAGCGGCUGCCCGAUUGA